UCAAUGACAGGCAAUCAGCGAAUUUUCACAUCGACAAAGAAAAUAUAUAUUUUUGCUAAAAACCAACAGCUAUGCUGCAUCAUCAAUUCUGGAUAACAAAAAAAACGGUGCAGCGUAAACUUGGCACCAAGGAAGAUGCACACAUUAUCUCAUCUGAUGCUGAUCUCGAUGCAAAGAUUGAAGUUUACAAGUCAAUAGCAAGCACCAGCUUCGAAUUGGGAAAAAUCAUUGACCAGCUGCAAGAAAGACUGUGCAUACUGUCGCAGGAGGAGUGUGUUUUUGGGCGGUUCCUUAAAGAAGCUGGGAAACGUAGCAAAACCACUGGCCAAAGCAUAACAAAUACGGGCAAAGCAGUUUCAUACAGUGGGCAACAGCGUAUGUGUGUUCGCGUGCCAUUGCUAAGACUGCAUCAUGAAGUGGAAGUAUUUCGCAGCAGAGCUGUUUGCGACACCCAGGCGACGCUCCAGAUUAUGGAAAAAGAACGCACUGAAUAUCGUGCUGCGCUUUCGUGGAUGAAGUCAGCCAGCACGGAAUUAGAUCCAGACACCGGUAAAGGUCUAGACAAGUUUCGCACAGCACAGACCCAUGUGCGUACAGCUAAGCGUAACUUCGAUAGUCUCUCGAUGGAUUCGAUUCAAAAAAUUGAUUUGCUGGCUGCGGCUAGAUGCAAUAUGUAUUCACACGCAUUGGUUUCAUACAUGAGCGAAUUAAAGGAGUUUGCCCAAAAGACGUCCAGCACAUUCGAGACAAUAUCAAAGUCUUUGCUACAGAAACCUAAAUAUGAUUUUUGUGUACUCAAGGAGUUGACACAAAACGAAGGCAGGGUCGAUGCAGACAAGAUUGAUGACAUCGUAGCGUUGGAUAAAGAUCAAUCAUUAUUUUUUGAAAGUGAAUACAGCGAUGAAAAAGAUAGUACAAGUCAAACCCAAGCAAAUAACACUGAUAUAUUGGACACGGCUGUGACGAACGACAAUACGCUCAUUGAACUUGGAACAGCAAAUGCUGAUGAUGAGCUUUUAAUACCAACCGAUACUAUUGACUACAAUAACGCAGUUACACAACAAAGUAUAUGGUCUGGCCUAUGGCCACUUGGUCAUUCCAUAGGUCACAGCAACAAUAAUGUUAAAUCAAUGACAAACGAGAAAACUAUUUUGGAUUUAACGCAACACAAUUUGAAAAUGAAUGAAAAUAUAAUCGACGAUUCUGUCUCAAAAACAGCGAAAUCAAGUAAUUGGAUGGAUCUUUUCGCAGAAUUAGAUCCUUUAGCUAAUCCAGAGGCAUUUGAUUUGAAGCUAAGCGGUGGUCGUUUGAAUGCGCAACAAAUUUAAGUUCAUUUACAUAGCACAUUUAAUAGUACAUUCAAAUAUAAAAAUAUGUUUGUAUAGUAUAUUGUCACAAGAACGGAAUGACUUCAAAAGUAAGCUUUUUGCUUACUUUAAUUUUUGUUAAAGAAUGUAAAAUGACUAGAACAAAUAUUAUUUUCCAAAAUUUAUGCCCUAAACAGGGUAUAUUAAGUUUGCCACGGGGUUGGCUACACCCAUAAAAAUUCAGGAGACCCUAUAAAGUAAAGAUUUAAUUGAUCCGUCUGAAAUUUUACACACGUCAUUUUCUCUCGAAGAAGCUGUUCGUUUGUUGGAACACCUAUAGCAUUUAGCUGCCGUACAAACUGAUUGAUCAAAAUCAAUUUCGAAUGUAAGGAAUUUUGACAAUGUCUCCUUCACGAAAUUUAAAACAGAUUAUUAUUCAAAGCAUCGCCCCAUUCUGCGGAAAAAUUAAAUCGUCCAUAAAAACUAGCCCUUCAAACUUAAGUUCUUGUAUGGAAUAUUACAUUUAUUUGCGGUAUUUUCACAAAAUUUCGCAUGGGUUUUCACAAAAGGUAUGACUUUAAUCUCCUAAUUAUCUGACCGAUAAAAUUCAAGAUUUUUUAUACUCAUUUAUUCUAUAAAAAAUGCAUUUGGGAGGGCUAUCUUAGGUUAAUGCUUUUCCUUAUUUAAACUGUUUUUUUUUUCAUUUACCUAUCGCCGCAAAGAGUUUGUUCAAUAUAAUGCAUACUAGUAAAUGAAGCAUUUAUCAGCUUUUACAUUUUGUCAUUCCACAUUUAUAAUACAUGCGUACACUAAGUUUUAGAUAAUGCGCUAGCAGAAACAAAUUUAGUAAAUUAAAAAUUGUAUUGGCUGUCAGUAAGCAGUUAUAUUUUAUUGUAAGCGACAUUAACACUUCAUAUUUUACUAGUGUUAUAUUGUCGCCAUUUAAAGUACAUGUAUAAUGCGCAUUAAUCAUAUUACUAUUUCUCUAUAUAUGAUUUAACGUGUUUAUUUGAAUUAUAUUACAUAAAAUCCAUUUAAAGGGACAAAUAAAUAAUCAUUUUUAUGUGUA